CAAGGUGCGGAGGCGGCUGGGAGGGGUGGCUCGGCUUCCCGUUGCCGUUGAGUCUCUGGUUCCAGAGAGCGAGACCCGCGGCGCGUCCGUCCGCUAGGGCCCAGCAGGGCCAGGCCCGACUCGGGGGGCCUGGCGGGCACUGGGGAGGCCAUGAGGUGGGCCCGGGCCGCCCCCUUCGUCCUGCUGCCAAAGCUGAAGCUGGCGCUGCUCCCCCUGCUGUUGCUGCUCUUCCACCGGACGAGUCCCCACGGCAGCCCCAGGCCCCUGCGGUGCUAUGGUGUUGGACCCUUGGGCGACUUGAACUGCUCGUGGGAGUCUCUUGGGGACCUGAGAGCUCCCUCCAUGCUGCACCUCCAGAGCCAGAAGUAUCAUUCCAACAGAACCUGGACUGUGGCGGUGCCGACUGGGCAGAGUUGGGUGACCAUCCCACGGGAACAGUUCACCACAUCUGAUGAGCUCCUUGUCUGGGGGGCCAAGGCAGGCCGGCCUCUCUGGUCCCCAGUCUUCGUGAACCUGGAGACACAAAUGAAGCCAGAAGCCCCCCAGCUGGACCCUGAUGUGGAUUUUUCAGAAGACGACCCCCUGGAGGCCACUGUCCAAUGGUCCCCGCCUUCAUGGCCACCACAUAAGGUCCUGGUCUGCCAGUUCCACUACCGAAGAUGCCAACAGAUGGCUUGGAUACUGCUGGAACCAGAACUGAAGUCCAUACCCCUGACCCCUGUUGAGAUCCAGGACCUAGAGCUAGCCACUGGCUACGAGGUAUCAGGACGCUGCCGAAUGGAGAAAGAGGAGGAUCUGUGGGGCGAGUGGAGCCCCAUUCUGUCCUUCCAGACGCUGCCCUCUGCUCCAAAAGAUGUGUGGAUAUCAGGGAACCUCUGUGGGACACAAGGUGGACAGAAAUCCCUGCUUCUGUGGAAGGCCCCAGGGCACUGUGUGCAGGCGAGCUACAGAGUCUGGUUCCAGGUUAAAGGUCAGGAACUGAUCCCCAGGGAGACUCCCUGCUGUAGCUCCUCCAUCCCAACCCAGACGGAGUGGGUUGCAGUGUCUGCCAUCAAUGCCACAAGCUGGGAACCUCUCACCAACCUUUCUUUGAUCUGCUUGGAUUCAGGCUCUGCCCCUCAUGGUGUGGUGGUCAGUAGCAUUGCUGGGAGCACAGAGCUGCUGGUGACUUGGCAACAGGGGUCUGGGGAGCCGAAGGAACAUGUGGUGGACUGGGCUCAAGAUGGAGAGCCCCUGGAGAACCUCAGCUGGGUCCGGCUUCCCCCUGGGAACCUCAGUGCUGUGUUGCAAGGGCAUUUCGAAGGAGGGGUUCCCUACCGAAUCACAGUGACGGCAGUCUCUCCUGGGGGCUUGUAUCCUGCUCCCUCGGUCUGGAGUUUCAGAGAGGAACUAGCACCUUUAGUGGGCCCAGUGCUUUGGCGACUCCAGGAUGCGCCCCCAGGGACCCCCACCAUAGCGUGGGGAGAGGUCCCAAGGCACCAACUUCGGGGUCUUCUCACCCACUACACCUUGUGUGCACAGAGUGGGACCAGGCCUUCUGUCUGCAUGAAUGUGAGUGGAAGCGCCCAGAAAAUCACCCUACCCAACCUUCCCUGGGGUCCCUGUGAGCUGUGGAUGACAGCAUCAACCAUCGCAGGACAGGGCCCUCCUGGUCCCAGCCUCCGGCUUCAUCUGCCAGAUAAUACCCUAAAGUUGAAAAUUCUGCCAGUUGUUGUUCUCCUGUGGGGCUUGUUCCUGACAUGCUGUGGCAUAAGCCUGGCUACCUCUGGAAGGUGCCUCCACCUACGGCACAAGGUACUGCCCCGUUGGGUCUGGGAGAAAGUCCCCGAUCCUGCCAACAGCAAUUCCAGCAAGCCCCAUGUAGAGGAGAUACCCCAGGCCCAGCCCCCCAGGGACUCACCCACUUUGGAGGUGGAGGAGAUAGAGCCACUGCCAGUUGUAGAGCAUCCCCAGGCCUCCUCCCGGCUUGAUUCUGGAUAUGAGAAACAUUUUCUACCCACACCUGAGGAGCUGGGCCUACUGGGCCCUCCGCCCCCAGGCCCCAACGUUUGGCCUGAACCAGGCCAUGAGAGGGGUACUCAUUUGACAUCUGAAGACACUGAGGCUUAGAGACAUAGAGCCACUCACCAGAGAAUGCCCAGCCAGGAAGAUCUGAGAUUGAAGGACCCCUACAGAAAGAGGACCCGGCCCUAUAGGGAAUGUAUGGAUGGAUGAGGGAAUAAAAGAACAUACACAAAAUCCAGAGUGGCAGCCACUUCCCCAAAUCUGUCCUGCUGCUGUAACAGAACUAUAGCUGGGUACACUCCCAGUCUCCCUUGCAGCUAGGUGGGUUCAUGCACAUAGUCCUCACCAAUGGAAUGUGAGCAGAAGUGACUUGUGCUAAAACUGGGACUAGGUGGGGCUCCUCCAUAUUCUUUUCCCUUUCGCAUGAGCUGGAAGAACAUUGACAUGGCAUGUGUUAGCUUCAGCCAGACCCAAGGGGAGGGUGGGGGCAAGAAGUGGAAAGGAACCUGAGUCCCUGAGUGACUGCAUGGAUCAGAGCCACCCAGAGAAAUAAAUUUAUGUUUUUAUAGUUA